AUGGGCCAAUUCUCUUAUCUCGAUACGGAUAGUGAACGCUUGCCUGAGGGGCUCACCCGCGUGGGCUAUGAUGCCGAUACUGGCAUUUAUUCAUUCCAGGACAAGCACGGUGACUAUUGGGAGGGAUCGCCUGGCUGCCAGUAUGGGACUCUACGGCGAGUCCAUAGUUCACCACAACAGUCACCGUUGGAUGCGGAAGGCGACAAGUGGGAGUGGGAGCGGAUGAAGGUCGACCACGAUAUAGAUCAAUACGAGUAUACCAGUUAUGAGGAUCUGAACGCCCAGGGCGGAGCCAUCGAAGAGGAGGAGCUCAAGCUAGCCGGUUCACCAGAUAAAAGCCAGGCGCAGGGUCGGUUUAGUACUCUUUCCAGGUGGGCUAGGACUCUUCGUCGGUUUUCGGUCAGUUCUGUCACCGCGGGUAACCAUACAGAUGGUCGUUCUGCUACUUGUGGCAACCCUCCGCAGUCGAAAGGGGACGAUGAGGUCGCAGGAGAGAAGCACACGUUGAAACGGGCAGUAACCUUCGACGAAAUCCUGGCGUCAAAGAAACAAACUUAG